GCGCGGGUCGCGGCUGCGGUGCCGUCGGUGGCGAGGGAUGGAUCAGUGAAAAAUGGCUGGUGCCAGCGACUGGUUUAGCAUCGGAAGCACGGUGGUAUGUAAGACAUGUCACGAGCAGGAAAUCGAGGGCGAGGUGUUGGCCUUCGACCCACAGACAAAAAUGCUGAUACUCAAAUGUCCAUCGACGAGUGGUAGAUCCUCGUUAAACGAUGUACAUGUAGUAAAUUUAUCUCUCGUGUCCAAUGUUCAAGUGAUACGAGAAGUUAGCGCAACUACAAACGAACCACCACAGAGCCUUAAUUUACAAAGGCUAAACACGCGAGUCCGCAACCAGAUCGAAGAGAAGAAAAGGUUGGUUAUGGCUCUGCAGGCCGGAGUAUCUCCAGAAGGACAGAAAUUAUUUAUCGCAAUUUCAAAGACUAUCCAAGACAUUACGUGGAACGGAGCGAAUAUCGUUGUAUUUGAUAAUGUCACUAUUAGACCACCGUACAAAGUCGACAACGUUCACGGGAACGCAGAGUCUGGGGCGUAUAGACAUGUAAAAAAAGUGGUUGAGAAACACAUUAAAGAUACAGCGCAAGCUCAACAACAACGAGAAUUGCAACAGCAAACGCAAAAGGGAGCCGAGCUACAAUAAAGGUCCAAAAAGGCACUAUACUACAUCGCAGAGCGCUAAGACACACACAUUGAAGAAGCUCCAUUUGACCAGAGAUAGGAGGGGACAAGUUAACGAGACACUGAGCGGAAGACCGUGGCAGCGCGACUAGGCAGGCGCGCCUAUAGCGAAAAAUCGGAUAUCUUCGAGCGAACUCUCUCCAGCUGCUUGUUCGGAUGAAAAAAAAAGAGAAAGAGCAGACAGAACAAGAUAUAAAGUGCAGACUUCAACACAGAAAUUUCGCAUUCUGACCCGAGUAUUGUUAAUAGUAUCGCAUGUGCAGCAUUUUAUAAAAUACAGUCGGACGUACAAUUCGUGAUUAUUAGUCGCCAGCCUAGAAAUUUCACUGCGAGCGAGCGAGCGGCAGUCGAUUGCUGCGAGUGAACGGAAUCAUACUCGUUGAGAGCUAACUCUACCAGCGCUGGUUACUAUGAUGUACACGAAAUUGCGCCGUCACUCUUCGUCGAAAUACGUUUUAGCAGAGUGAUUUAUAAGACCGACUUCCUCCGAUUAAGCCCGUAUGAAACGGCUCGAGCUUUUACGCGCAGCGUCCGAGUACAAAGACGCGUCGCCAAGUCGGGACAAGACGCGCGGCCACCGACUUCCGCGAGGACGUUCCUACCAAGGUCUGGAGUAAGCGCCUUCGGCCCGAGUCUAAGAUCCGUUCAAAGAAUCCAGACGCGGCCUCAGGCUCCUCGACGUCGGUUGGAACGGACGUUGAGGCGCGACGCGCUUGAUUGCAAGGUCGUCACCUUUGUUUUGUAUCCACGCCGCGACUCGGCCAGAGACGCGGUGAACCUCCUCGACGGGUCGGUCGGCGGGUGCAUCUCUUGUCCCAAUUUCGCGAACGACUCUAGUUUUACAAUCACGGCGACCCCCGUCCCCGUUCUCAGGUGCGCGUCGCGUGCAACCGCGAACUCCUGCUUUUCAGAGAAAUUGACCGAUCACGAAAACAUUGACUGAGCACCAUGCGAUCUAUCAUUUUCAUGGCACGAGGCGCCUUCAGCCUCACGUGCGAUUACCGCCGCGCUCCCCGCUGCCCCUUGCGUACGCCGAGCCGCAGGAAUGUAAUUUAAGAAGGCCGCGAUACCUCGACUCGCGCAAGGACGAGCGCCGCUUUGUAUCGCAUCUCGCGAGCGGGAAGGGGAUUUCGCUCACUCUGUUAAGGGCCGGUUGUUCCAACUUCUUGGUAAGUUAACUGAUGGUUAAAUCAUAUGUUUGUCUUUGUUUUUCCUUCAACUUAGGCAAAGACAGACGUAUGAUUCAACUACCAGUUAACUUGCCAAGGAAUUGGAACAACCUGCCCUAAGCCCAGGAAGAAGUCGCUUCCCGUUUAAUGGAGUGAGCGAAGACUGUUCUUCACGUCGACGACGCAUCCCUUCUCUGCCCAUCACCGGUCCGAGGAACAGCUGAUGUUGUCCGACCAACGCAGUGUGCUAGCUCGAACGACACAGCCACAGUAGGUACAGGCCACUAGGAAUCGUCCGAAUCGGAGAAGAAAGGAGCCUCUUCCGAAUCGAUGCGCAGAAAUCGUUCCUUUCUUCGAGAAGAUAUCAAAGAUUAGUCGGUGUAAGAUGUUGAUUAUGGAAUCGGCCAGUGCGCCUUUGCCGAGCCAGGUGAUGCCGCGGCACUCGUGGUGCUCAUGCGAUUCCAUAUUAACUAUUCCUUCUUCUUUUUCAUGUAUACCCAGUGGCACACACUGGGAAUAGAUGAAGUCCGAGGAGUCCCUGGACACGUCCUCGUGUGGUGCCGUCGUUCUCGCAGAGAAAAAAAGAAAGAAAAAGAAAGACCCAAACUCGUCUCGUGCCCUUUUACCAUACGAACGGGGAGAUUCCGAGAUUGCGAAGGGAGAACAAGAGCGCGGGAGAUUGUAAGAAGAAUUAUACGAGAAAAGACAUAAAUAAAUGUAAUAUAAAUUCUGUA